AUGACAGACUCUCUAAAAAUCAAAGCAAACAAGGAAUAUAAGGUAGCAAGAAAAACAAUUUUGAUCUUAAUCAAUGCUCUAUUUGACCUACAGAAGCUAAGUUUAAAUUCAAAUCCUGAUCCGGCACUGCUAAAAGAAUACAGGCAGAGAUGCUUCUCAUUGAUAAGCAGAAUUUAUUCUCAAUUAUUAAAACACACGUCCUAUCCAAAUGAAGCCGAAGAAUUGUACAAAUUUCUUUUAUCAAUUAACCAACAAACUGGAGACAUUAUAAAACGUAUUGGUACAGGCAAUAAAAAAAUUAUAUCAGACGAGUGUUUUUGCCGAGAAGAUAAAUGUGCCGCAUCUGUUUGCUCUAGGAAAUGUCAGAAGGCAUGCGCCGUUAAACCUAGACUAACGAAAUAUGUCUGCAGUGGAAAUAAUAAAUCAGUCGACAUUGAUCACAUUUGCGAUGGCUUUAAUAACUGUCCAAUGAAGGACGACGAACAAGAUUGUAGGCAAGAUAUAUGCCGAAGCUAUCACUUGGCUAUUUUACGUCUUAAAGUGGAAAAAGUCGGUUCAAAACAAAAAGGGACAGCAAUGGGAGAAGUUCUUUCAACGUGGAAGGCAAAGGUCAUAAGUACGUUAAAAGUUGCAGAGAGGACUGGAAAGCCGACCCCAAAAAUUAUUAAGGAUAUUAUAAAAGAUAUUCUGCGCGAUCUAGUGGUGACAUACGGUUCCGUCGAAGAAUAUAGGAGGAAAGACAAUCACUACGCCCUCCAAGAAUUUUCUGAUAUUGCCAAAAGUAUACAGGACGCAGUGCGCUCUUGCGGCAGAUAA